UUGCAAUGUCACUUGCCAGCUUCCUCCCAACAGUUGGCAUUGAUUGCCAGGGUCAUGCCAACAGCUUCACGAAAUUGGAUGCCAAGUGCUAGCAUCAUGUUGCCACCACAGGAAUGACAGGGAUGUUAAACCCAUUCUUGGUAAAGGUGAGUUGGCAUUGGUCCACAAAUACCUCAGCCAUAUAGGGAAAAAUAAACUGCUAAAACCUGAAACACAUGUGUUAUUUUCUCUUUCCGUCUCUCACACCCACAUGCGCAAAUACACACAGACACUCGUCAGUCUAUGCUGGUCACCCGUGCAGUGAGGACAUUCACAAAGCUGUAGAAGGUUGUCGCCCAGAGAUUGGGAUUUGGCUCCCAGAAGCCCAUUUGUUUCUCCCUCCGUCUCUUGGGAACGAGGGAAAGUUUAAUUCUGCCAGUUGUGUGUUCUCUUGACCUCCUGGGACUGCGAAGCUCUGUGGGCUGAGACCACCUGCGAAGGUGAAAUGUAUUUCCAAGAGCCACCAAUGAUCCCCAUUCAUUGCAAACUGGGAGAUUAUGACAAUAUCGCCACCACAACCAACGGAACAGAACUGGCCAUGCCCUCCAAACCUAUAGUGUCCGAGCGAUCUGAUAUUUUCCUUGGAAGCAGAGAUGCAGAGUUCUUCCUUCCAUUUAUUCCUGCCACCUUUCAUCCAACAAUGGAAAGAGAUUUUCCGGAAAUGAGGGAUUCACAUCUUCACACUGAACACAGCAUCUUCAAAGGCUUGCUGGCAACCGUGACAACGUACCACAGUAAUCCCCGGCAAGUGGGCCAUCCGGUUAAACAGGUUCUACCCAGCAUUGAGUUUUUGAUGUCUCCCAAUAAAAUCAAAUGCAGCACAGAUAUCAAACAGCACGAGAAACUUCCAAACAACAGGACAAAUCCACACAGGCGAGGCCAGAGUGUUCACCUGUGGGAGUUUGUCCGGGAUUUGCUGCUGAACCCCACAGAGAACAGUGAGAUCCUGCGAUGGGAGGAUCGGCAGGCAGGAAUCUUUCGUGUAAUUAAAUCCAACGCUUUUGCCCAGCUGUGGGGAAGCAAAAAAAACAACAAAGAAAUGAACUAUGAGAAGCUGAGCCGAGCACUGAGACACUAUUACAAAUCUGGAAUCCUGGAACGUGUGGAUGGGAGACUAACGUACAAAUUUGGAGAGAAAGCUUAUGGAUGGAAAGGAACUUGGAGUCUGUAAAUACACUCAGAGGCUCAGACCCUGAGUUAACCCUUCCUCAGCUGUAAACAAUGACAUGAAGUGAUCUCGCUGACAUGUGAAUGCGGAAAUUCCUCCAUACCUCAUCACAGAAUAUCCCAGGAAUGUUUAGACUUAACCACAACGGAAAGUGCCAGUAAGGUUAAUAAGGGGACCUCUAAUUCUUCAGUGGACUGUACCAGCCUGGUUCUUGAGUGGAUUUCCUGGAUAUUUCCAAAGGGUUAGGCUAACACUGGAGGAUAAAUUGUGUGAGACUUCAGUAACAGUCAUAAGGUCUCACAGAGCGGUGUGGAAAAAAACGAAUGGAAGUGAGUCCAGGGCAUUUCGAGUGAUCCCAGUUUUCCUGAUAUUGAUUGGAAAGUCUGCCAUUGCACUAGCACUGGUCCCUGCCUGAUUUCUAGCCUGCACUUCCACAAUGGAGCCUCACAAACGUUACUCUCAAAUAUCCGCUUCUAAAAAUGCAUUGUAACCUUCAAAAUAAAUCAUAAUAGGAAUGGGAGGAGGCUAUUCAGCCCCUUCUCUCAUUCUGUCCAUUCACAGCAUUGUGUAUCUUAAUUCCAUCCCUUCCUCCUGGCAUGAUUUUAGAUACUCCUAACAGGAGACUGCUGUUCUGGUAUGUCGAAGUUUUUCCAAGAUUUACUAAGGAACUCAUGUUGUUUAAGGUUCCAGAUUCUUAGCAUAAGUCAUUGGUCACUUGCUUUCCUGAGGACCAUGGCUGUGCCCUGGAUGGGUCAUAUGUCUUGCUGUCCUCUCCCCUCUGAACCAUUGCACACCAGCCUCAUCUGCCAUGCCCAAACUUUGUACAUAGGAAAUAGGAGUGGAAAUAGGCCAUUUGGCCCAUCAAGCCUGUUCCAGCAUUCAGCAAGAUCAUGGCUAAUCUUCAUGGCAAUUUCCCAAACUAUCUCCAAAUCUCCUGAUGUCUUUAAUAUGAACAUAAUGAUGGUAUUUCCAUGGUCUGGAGGGUUGGUGCGGACUCAAUGGGCUAAAUAGCCUGGUUCCACAUGUAGGGAUUCUCUAUACUCACAAUAAGAUCUGACUGAGGCUCAAGUUAUAUAUUCCAGCUCCUUGAGCUAGCAGCCAACAUAUCACCAACCCUUUCAUUUACUUUUUACACCUAUCCACUAGCUAUCACUGCUUUGUCUACACAGACCAAAUUCCUUCAACCUAUUGCUCCCCCUAGAUUUUCACUGCUAGGACAUUGUCCCAUCCUCUGACUGAUUAUAGAAGCUCAUGUACAGUUGAGGAUGCCCAAGUUUGGUCAUAAAUCAAAUGGCAAUACAAUAUUCUGAGCUGAGGGCAGAUGUAAUGUAGAUGAGUGUCUAGAUGCUGAGUCACCACAGAUUAUGGGUUCAAACCCCACUCAAGUCCAGAGGAGAGUAACUAAGCUGACCCUCCAGAACACGGACUGGGGGAGCACCACACUGUCAUACGGACUGUUUCUCAGAUAGGAUGUUAAAGUGAAGACCUGUCUGCCUUCCAAGCAGAACAUAAAAGGUCUCAUUAGUCACAGUUUCAAAGAAGAACAGUAGAGUUUUCCAUGGUGUACUGGGCAAUAUUUUACCCUGAACCAACACCAAGACAAGAUGCUCUGGUCCUUUACGUGGCUGUUUCCUGGGCAGCUGGCCAUAUGCAAAUCAGCAGGUGUAUUUCUCUGACCUCAUAAGCACUUAUUUGACUGUGAAAUGUUUUUGGAUAUCCUUAAGCUAUGAAAGGCACUAUAUAAAUGCAAGUUCUUUACUUUAAUUGUUGCAGCGAGAAAGGUGUAGCAGAGGAGGAGGAGUUGGAAGGGACAACAGGGCAGCUGGGGUGUAAACAAUAGGAUAAAAUUCUGUAAAUUUGUUUAAGAUAUUUUUCUUUAGGCAUCAAAAUGCAAUCCGCAAGUAAUACCGAUAUAAUCUACACUCCACAAAGAACAGCGCUGUAAUUCUGAAAUUGCAAAUAGGAAACUAAGUCUGAAGGUUAAGAAUCUGAAUGUAAUAAUAGUGGUGUUCCACUUAAAACCACACUUGAAACUUGCCUCCAAUUAUAUUACUGUAUUAUAUCAAAAAUUCGCUUUUGUGUGCAUUAGUUUUGUAAAAUUUUGGUUGCAAUAUAUAAUAAUGCAGUGGUGAUGUAAUUGGGAUAAAAAUGAAUAAAUCUGGAAUU